UGAGACCAGUGUAAAUUUCAAUCAGAAUUCCCAAUUACCGGCAGCAUGGCCUCAACAAGGUCCUGCUGCUGCGUACAAUACGUGUUCCGAAAUAAUUCCAAAUUGCAAUCAAAAUGUUGUUGUGACCACAAUUCCGCGUCAUCAUCCUUAUCGUCGUUGCGAAACUCAGCAGCCACAACCGCUGAUGGUGCAACAACCGCCAGUACCACCACCACAACAACAGCAACAACACCAAAUUGUUUACCCAACAACACCAAAUUAUAUUUGUAACAAUGGUGGUGAUUAUAGAUCACAACAACAACCACAAAUUAUACAUCCACAACAACAACCGCAUCCUUCUACUGCCUCCCAUGCUGUUGUCUAUCAAACUCCACCAACAUUUCAGCGUCAGUGGCCACAGCAAGCCAACCAACAACCGACACCAAUGAUACCCUUUAAUAACAAUGUAGGAAUGCCACAACAACAACAACAUGGCCACGUAAACAACAAUUAUUAUGCUCCACAUGUCCCUUUGCCCGGUUCCGCACGACCCUCUUUACCUUGUCAAGGCAAUCAACCAUGGACCUAUGCCUAUUGUUAUGGCUAUGGUCCCUACAGUAACCAGGAACCAUGUCAAUACACUCAGGUCAUUGACAUUGAAGAUUUCAUGAACAAUGAAAAACGUAAAGAACGUUCUCGUGAUGCUGCCAGAUGCCGGCGGUCUCGUGAAACUGAAAUUUUCACAGAAUUGGCCCAGGUGCUGCCCCUGAAAAAAGAAGAUGUCCAACAGCUGGAUAAAGCUUCGGUUAUGCGUAUUGCCAUAUCAUAUCUUAAAGUUCGUGAUAUGCUGAAAAUGUUUCCCAAAAUCCAAGCCUUGUGUGGUGAUUUAGAUAUAUCAUACAAUCAAGAAGAUUCUGAUAAAAAGUCAGAUGGCUCUGAAGAAAAUUUAAACACUUCGGCUGAAGACGGAUCGUCAUCGUCUUCGCCCAUGGAAUCUACCCGUUUCAUAAAACAAACCCUGGAUGGGUUCCUUUUGAUUUUAUCCAAUGAUGGGGAUAUUACCUAUGUUACCGAUAAUAUUAGUGAUUAUUUGGGUAUAUCAAAGAUUGAUAUGCUGGGCCAACAAAUCUGGGAGUACGCCCAUCAAUGCGAUCAUGCUGAGCUCAAAGAAGCCUUGAAUAUUAAACGCAAUGGCGUUGCUGAUAAAAUUAAAGAUGAACAUUUAUUGGAGGAAGGCAUCUCCACCGAUCAUCGUGAUCUAUUUGUUCGUUUGAAAUGCACCCUGACCAGUCGUGGUCGCAGCAUCAAUAUUAAAAGUGCUUCUUAUAAGGUCAUUCACAUUACCGGCCACUUGGUGGUCAAUACAAAAGGUGAUCGUGUUUUGGUGGCAAUGGGUAGACCCAUACCCCAUCCCUCCAACAUUGAGGUACCAUUGGGCAGCACCACUUUUCUAACCAAGCAUUCAUUGGAUAUGAAAUUUGUGUAUGCAGAUGAAAAAAUGUUUAAUUUAUUGGGUUAUAAACCCGAAGAUUUAUUGGAGACAUCAUUGUUUAAUUAUCAUCACGGCAUCGAUUCGGAUAGUUUAAUGGUGACAUUUAAAAAUG